AUGUCCCCCUACUUCAUCCUCAAAUCCAUCGCCGUCACCCUGCGUCUUCUCCGAAAGCUGCUGCCCCCGAUCAAAGCCUCCCCAGACGAGAUCAAAUACAUCCCGUCUCGCGAUGCAGGGCGAUCCAUCAAAGUCCAUUUCUACUAUCCUCCGCCAACGGUUACCUCUGGAUCUGGGCCUGAACCUGAACCUAGACCUCAGUUGAGACUAAUUGACGACCCCGAACCCCAUACAGACGCCCUAGAACCUCACAGCUCAGACUCUCCAACUACCAAGGACCCCCUCCCCACUACCACUACCACUACCAACAAUCCAACGCCCGUCCACCUCAACCUCUGCGGCAGCGGCUUCGUCCUCCCCGGCCACGGCCUCGACGACGCCUACUGCCGGCACCUCAGCACCACAGUCCCCAUCAGAGUACUCGACAUCCAAUACCGCCUCUCACCCGAACACCCAUUCCCCGCAGCCCUCCACGACGUGGAAGACGUGGUCCACUGGAUACACUCGCAACCCGAGAAAUUCGACCCGUCACGGAUCAGCAUCGGCGGGUUCAGUGCCGGUGGGGCCCUAGCUGUCUCCCUCGCGGGUCAUUGUGUCAAGGAUACGUUCUGCGCGCUGAUUGCGUUUUAUCCGGCUUGUGAUGCGAGUAUUUCGCCGUGGACGAAGAAGGCUCCUGAGGAGGGUGGAAGCCCGUUGCCUGGGUGGUUGUUGUGGGUGUUUCAGAGGUGUUAUUUGUUUGGGUCCGAGGAGGGUUUGGGUGGUGUGGAGGGCGGUAGAGGAGGAGGGGUGCGUGAUACCAGGGUCUCGCCGGCGUUGAUGACGGAUUUGAGCAGGUUUCCGAAGAAAUGUCUGUUUGUGACGGCGGGGCAGUGUAGUUUGGCGGGCGAGGCGGAGAGGUUAGGAGAGAGGUUGGCGGCGUUGCAGCAGGGAGGAAUUGAUGGAGAAGGACAGGGAGAGAGGCGUGUGGUGGUGCAGCGGAUGGAAGGCUGUGGACAUGCGUGGGAUAAGUUUGCGAAGGAGGGUACUGUGCAGUGGGAAAGGAAGGAGAGGGCGUAUGCGUUGGCGGUCGACAUGCUGACUUAG